AUGUUUUACAAACAACCAGACCCAGAGCCCUGCAUACAUACAGCCCAACACCACAGUCCCACAGCCCCACAGCCCAACCCCACAGCCCCACAGCCCCACAGCCCCAGAACCCAACCCCACAGCCCCACAGCCCCAGAACCCAACCCCACAGCCCCAGAACCCAACCCCAACCCCACAGCACCAGAACCCAACCCCCCAGCCUCAGGACCCAACCCCACAGCCCCAGAACCCAACCCCACAGCCCCAGACCCCAACCCCCAGCCUCAGGACCCAACCCCACAGCCCCAGAACCCAACCCCCAGCCUCAGGACCCAACCCCACAGCCCCAGAACCCAACCCCCAGCCUCAGGACCCAACCCAACCCCACAGCACCAGAACCCAACCCCCCAGCCUCAGGACCCAACCCCACAGCCCCAGAACCCAACCCCCAGCCUCAGGACCCAACCCCACAGCCCCAGAACCCAACCCCCAGCCUCAGGACCCAACCCCACAGCACCAGAACCCAACCCCCCAGCCUCAGGACCCAACCCCACAGCCCCAGAACCCAACCCCCAGCCUCAGGACCCAACCCCACAGCCCCAGAACCCAACCCACAGCCUCAGGACCCAACCCCACAGCACCAGAACCCAACCCCCAGCCUCAGGACCCAACCCCACAGCCUCAGAAUCCAACCCCACAGGCCCAGAACCCAACCCCACAGCCCCGGAACACAACCCCACAGCACCAGAACCCAACCCCCCAGCCUCAGAAUCCAACCCCACAGGCCCAGAACCCAACCCCACAGCCCUGGAACACAACCCCAGGGGGAGGGAGGGAGGGAGGGAGGGAGGCAUUCCUUCUCCAUGCCAGCUGCAGCCUACCUCCAGCCCAGGGCCAG